AUGGGUGGCAAGCCGAAGAAGCGGAAGAGCGGCCGCUCGUCGAACGCCUGCGCUCUGCAGGCGUUCGCCCAGACAUGUGCGAACGGUAUGGAGUCCCGCAAGGAGAAGAAGCACAAGAACCUGCGGCGCAUGCGCGUCGUGCAGCUCCAGCGGUUAGUGGACCGCAAGCUGCAGGAGCUGCGCGCGUUCCCGACACAUCCGGUGGCGCCGAAAGCCCCCGCGCGCAAAGGACCAACGUCCCCGUCGCAGUGGCGACUCAAGGGCGCGGCUCGACCGGCUGCGCUGCUGGCGAAGAUUGCAGCAGGUGAGUUGGACGAACUGGGCAACGAGUACCCGAAGCCGGUGGAGACGUUCGAUUUGUAUGAAGAGGUGCUGCAGGAAGGGCGACUGGCAGAGCACGAGGAUACGAAGGACUACGUCGGUCUGUUGAAACAACUUGCUGCUGCUUGUUGCGACGCUGGCAUGUGCAACCGCGGCAUCCAGAACUACGAGCUGUGCAUGAGCUUAGACAAGACGGACUCGUUUCGGUCGCGAGAGGGACUCGCGUGUGCGCUGGUGGACGAAGGUCGGGGUCUGGAGGCACGGGCUCUGAUCGAACAGCAACAGGAUCUGGAUUCGGCGGUACUAGCGUACUGCCAAGUGAUCAUCGAGUACGUGUCGUGGGAGGUACUGGAAGAAGAAGGAUCGUCCGAGGAGGUCGUGCAAGCAGCGUUUCGCAAGGCGUUUCGACUGAACCCGUUCAUUGCUGUGGUCAUUGCUUACCACGAAACGUUUUUUCAAGUGAUGGAGUACGUGGAGGACAUCAAGGAUGCUACGCGAGGGUCCAUUGAAGAGGCGUUCGUGUAUGUUUCGCAGCACAUUGGCGUUUGGAUCGACACGGUCGGUGCUUAUGAAUGGAUUGAGAAAGAGCUGAAUGAGCUUUCGGAGCCUGCUGCAACGAAAGAGGACGUUUCUGAUGAGAUGUACCUGGGCAUGUACAAUACGGCCAUCGGGAUGCACAAGGAGUCGCUCGCUGAAGCUGAAGCUGAAGCCGCUGCUAUAUCUGAAGCAGCGGAAGGCAGCGAUGCGUCGGUCUGCGAAGGUGACGAGUUUGACGAGUACGAGCCCGAUGACAUUGACGGUGGAGACGACUAG